AUGAAAACGGCAGCCGACUUAUUAUCAUUCAGUUAUCAACAGUCCUCGAAUGACUCUCAACAAACAGUCACUAUCCCAGAAACCGACUCAACUCUAAGUGUCACCGCAGUUGAUCCAAUUUUUUCAGAAGAACUUCCAUAUUUCCCAAUCAAUGAAAACAAAGAUCCAAUUCGAAACUUAACUUCUGAAGAAUUAUUAUCGGAUGGGAUCCUGAGUACCAAGUAUCCAUUUGAUGGGUUUUUGAAUUUCCAUAGUUUAAAGAUUUGUAGUUCAAAUGCAAAACAAAUGUCUAAAUUUUUACAAUUAACUAUGGGAUUUGAAGAGAUUGCAUUUCGUGGCUUGGAGAAUGAUUCAAGAUUGGUUGGAGCUCAUGUUGUUAAGAAUGGUGAGAUAUUUUUAGAGAUUGUUAAUACUUUGGAAACAGUUGAGGAUGAUAAUGUAUUGAAAUUCCCAUAUUUUGAAAACGAUUUGAAGAAAUUUAAGGGGAUUGAUAAAUAUGAUUAUCUUAAGGAUUUUAAAAUUACAACAGAUGAUUUAAUAUUUGAUUUUGUUAAUAGUAGGAUUGAAAGUUUGUGUUAUACUAAUUCAACUUCUUCUUUAAAUUUUGGGAAGAAGAUUUAUCAUAAGAUUUUAACUUCAAGAUCAAUUAAGAAUUCAGUUAAUGAAUUUAAUGACUUUAUUUUGAAUACAAUUAAUAAUUCUGAGAUUAUUUAUAAUGAUAUUAUGGAAUGUACAUUGAUUCAGAAAUUCUUAAAGAAACAUAGUGAAGGAGUUAUGGAUAUAUCAUUUAAUGUUCAAGAUGUCGAUUAUAUCUUUAAUAGAGCAGUUAGUUGUGGUGCUGGUAUAAUUAGAUUACCCAAAGUUUUACAAGAUGAACAUGGUGCCGUCAAACUAGCAACUGUUACUAUCCCAAAUACAGACAUUCAACACACCCUAAUUCAAAAUCUCAACUAUACUGGACCAUUCUUACCAGGAUAUUCCGUGCCCAUUUCCCCUCUACAUUCAGGUUUCCAAACUCAUUUAAGCUUACUCCCACCAGUUAGAUUCCUCAGCUUAGACCAUUGCGUGGAGAAUUAUUCAUGGAAUCAAAUGAUGCCUCAAGCUAAAUUCUAUGCGGAUAUUUUUGGAUUUCACAAGUUUUGGUCAGUCGAUGAACAAGAUAUAUCCACAGGAAAUACAGCACUUAGGUCAAUUGUGAUGUCUUCCAGUAAUGGAGAAAUCAAGAUGCCAAUUAAUGAACCGGUGAAAACAAAAAUGAAAGGGCAAAUUGAAGAAUUUAAUGCUUUUAACGGUGGUCCUGGGAUUCAACAUAUCGCAUUAAAAACUAAUAAUAUUGUUGGGACCGUGAGUUCAUUAAUUCGAAGAGGGAUUGAAUUCAAUCCUACAUCUGAUAAUUAUUAUAUUAGUUUAGAACUGAGAUUAAAGAAUGAUGAUGUGUUGUUAUAUGAAGAUUUUCAAGAUUUAAGGAAAUUGAAUAUAUUAGUUGAUUUUGAUCCAUUAACUAGAAAUAAGAAAACAAAGAGAUGUAAUUAUAUUUUACAAAUUUUUACAAAACCAUUACAUGAUCGUCCUACUUUAUUUAUUGAAAUCAUUCAAAGACAUCAUCAUAAUGGAUUUGGUAAGGGAACUUUUAAGGGUCUUUUUGAAAGCAUUGAAGAGCAGCAAAAAGCGAGGGGUACAUUUGUUGAAUCUUCACCUACCGAAGAAAGCUAA